GCGGCGCAGAACCCUGAACCGGCCGCCUCCAUGCAAAAGGCAGGGCUACUGUUGCGUCCCUGUGCGCGGACGUGGAAGUCCGUGCGGAUGGCCAGCUCCGCGGUGGCGCGCCGGAACCCGCUUGAGAAUAAGGUGGCCCUAGUAACGGCCUCCACUGACGGGAUCGGUUUCGCCAUCGCCCGGCGUCUGGCCCAGGAUGGGGCCCACGUGGUGGUCAGCAGCCGGAAGCAGCAGAAUGUGGAUCGGGCAGUGGCAAUGCUGCGCAGGGAGGGGCUGAGUGUGACGGGCACCGUGUGCCAUGUGGGGAAGGGCGAAGACCGAGAGCGGCUGGUAGCCACGGCUGUGAACCUUCACGGGGGCGUAGACAUCCUGGUCUCCAAUGCUGCCGUCAUGCCUUUCUUUGGAAACUUAAUGGAUGUCACCGAGGAGGUAUGGGACAAGAUUCUGGACAUUAAUGUGAAGGCCACAGCCCUGAUCACAAAGGCAGUGGUGCCAGAGAUGGAGAAACGAGGAGGCGGCUCAGUGGUGAUUGUGGCCUCCGUAGGAGCCUACAGACCAUUUCCUGGCCUGGGCCCUUACAAUGUUAGUAAAACAGCCUUGCUGGGCCUCACCAAGAACCUGGCCGUAGAGCUGGCCCAAAGCAACAUUAGGGUGAACUGCCUGGCACCUGGACUCAUCAAGACUAGCUUCAGCCGUAUGGUGAGGAAGGGGAGUCCUGCAUCCCACUGGGACCCUAAAAGGCAUCUUCUCAGUUGUGGGAUGACCAGGAAACACUGGAGAGCCUAAAAGCAACCAUGCAGAUCAAAAGGAUAGGCAAGCCAGAGGACUGUGCGGGCAUCGUAUCUUUCCUUUGCUCCGAAGACGCCAGCUAUAUCACUGGGGAGACAGUGGUGGUGGCUGGAGGGAUGCCAUCCCGCCUCUGAGGACCUGGAGAACAUCCACCAGCACAGAGAUUGGGCUCCAUCUCCUGGGUCCUGUUCCAGCAUCCAUCUACUGGCCUUUCCCACCUCUGCCUAGCGUACUGCUCACCUUACACCCUAACCACCCCCCCCCAUAUCAAUUCUGCCCUGUGAAAAGCUCCAGCAUUCUCUGGGGUCAAGGUGUGGUUAUGAGGAUUCUCACUGUUGCUGUGGCCUUGGAUAAAGACUUCCCUUGAGAGCACAGGGCAGGCCUGCUGAGAGGGCUUAGUCUACGGCGGCAAAGACUAACUAAUAUUUUUUUUCUGGGCAUCAGAGGAAUUUGAGGGAGAUGGGAGAGAAGGAACCUGGAGUGGAAGGAAGAGGGUUGGAAAUUAACUCGCAAAUGAGGUCCAAAUAAAAUAGAGAUCAUCAUGA